AUGACGUACUCACGAGGAGUCACACUACCGCCGCCCUGCUACGUAGUCAAGAGAGAAAAGAGGGCAAAAGGGGCGAGCUCUUUAUUGUAUUUAAGAAGCGGUCUAAGCCUGCGCGGACACGGAGUUAAAGGGCGCAGUUGUGUUAGGACUGGCGAUGAAAUUAAACCGCUGAUGCUCCUCUGGGUCUCCUUCUUAAAUUAUGAGAAGAACUCCGAUUAA